AUGGUUCUUCCGAGCAUCAAAACCCAAUUAGUGGAUGUCAGCAGCAAAGUCGAAGGUCCUUGCCGUUUCCUCUAUAAACUAGAAUUGGACCAGCCUUCUGGCAGUUUCAAACUCAGAGGCAUGAGUAAGCUUAUCGCUGAUUCUAUAGAGAAGGCCAAAGCUGAAGGUCAGAAACCACAUAUAUUCUCCUCCUCAGGAGGAAACGCCGGUUUGGCUUCUGCAUACGCUAGCAAGCACCACAACGUUCCUUGCACAGUGGUUUUGCCCGUUACCUCCCAACAGAUCUCAAUAGAUAAGCUCAAAAACUACGGAGCCAAUGUUGUGAUCCAUGGAGCCCACUGGGGCGAAGCCAAUAGCUACCUCAGAGACACCGUUAUUGGGGGAGCUCCUAAGGAUGUUCAUCCAGUAUACUGCCACCCAUUUGACAACCCGGUCCUUUGGGACGGUCACGGUGAAAUGGUUGACGAGAUAGCUGAACAACUCGGUGAGCAUAACAUCGAAGUUUCCAAGGUGAAGGGAAUUGUUCUUAGCAUUGGCGGAGGUGGGCUAUUCAAUGGUGUUAUCGAGGGACUCAAGCGGAACAAGGGUCUUAACAACGUCCCCGUUAUGGCAAUUGAGACCUACCAAACACCGGCCUUUGGUGAGGCACUCAAGGCCGGCAGAGUCGUGACUUUAAGCAAGUUGGAUACUAUAGUCAACUGUCUUGCUGCUCCAUCAGUUUCACAGACGAGCUUGGAAAAUAGCAGAACAUAUCCUUCCUUUGGAAAACAAAUCGACGAUCUAGAGGCAUUGGCGGGAACUGUCGACUAUUAUGACAAAGUUGGAGGGUUGGUUGAGCCCGCGUGCGGAGUCACUGUUGUUGCUUCUACAAGAAGACAAGACUUGCUCGAAGUUUUCGGUGAACUCAAGUCAGACGACGUUAUCAUCUUCAUCAUCUGUGGAGGAUCCGGUGUUUCCGAGGAUACCAUCGCACAGUAUAGGGAGCUUUUGGCAACUAAAAGUCACUGA